CGCCUCCCGACAGGAGCACCGACAUGCAACCGCUGCACUGACGCUCUGCCACGGCCUCCGCUCCGGGCUACCGCCGCUAUACACCGGAAAAUAACUCCGUUAUCUGGGGGGGGGAUUUCUCUCCUGAAUAACCUGUGGAGAGGAAAUGGCAGACCGGGAGCAGCGGGAGCAGGACGAGCAGCGGGAUCAGACGGAGCAGAGCCCCACGCUGGACUCACCGCUGUCCGGCCCAAGUCAGACCGGGAGAGCAGUGUCUAUAGCCCGGCUGCUGCACCAUGAGUGCGGGCUUUUGCUGCAGCUCUACAAGGAGAAGGAGUCCUUCCUGUCGAGCUACUCCCCUGACGGGGGACGCAUGGUGUCUCCGUCCCCGGUCCCGCAGGAGGAGGCGAGCGGAGAGCAGCGGGUGGAGUGGCUGCACGCCGCUCUGCGACAGUGCCUGGGCCUCCUUCACAGUGUCCUCCUGAAGGAAGAGGAGGAGUGGGGGGAGCAAGAGGAAGACUAUGAGACCCUGAAGAAGAAUGUGCGACACCGUCUGGAGCACCUGCUACUCAGCACAAGAGGACUGCUGGAGGGCCCAGACACCACCCUGGAGGUCACUCCGGACCACCAGGGCACCGAGGAGCCUGACGGAGCGGGGGGGCUGUUUGGUCUGAAGGUGUGGACGUACCGGGUCCUGCUGGAGCUGCAUCACUGGGCGGACCACGCUGCAGAGACUCUGCACGUCUUCCACACGGAGAGGGGGGGGGCAGCAGACCUCUGAGCCGCAGCUACAUGAAGGACCAACAGCUGUAACUCCUAUCACCUCUACUAACACAGCUCCUCCAGCUUUAACUCUUAC